GGAGUGGAUGCAAACACUGCAAACAGCCUCUCUACUGAACGGGCAGUUCGUUCUCCGAACUGGAAUCCAGGUAUUAGUACUCAUAGAAAAGGCCACAUCAACAAGGUUUAAAUUACUCAUUACUGCCUGUAUACUGAAUCAGUUCUGAUCAUUUCACUCAGUACGCAAUUCCGAGGCUGUGUCAUUUGAAAAUGCUCGGCCACUCCGUGUCUCUUGCUACCGUUCUGCUUGCCCUGAGCGGCAGCUUCGCGAACGCUCAUGGGUCUCACUCGAGUGAACAGAAUCCUUCUUCGGACUGGGCUACUCGGCACAUGCAAGAGGAGCACCACAUUGAUUCCUUUGAUCCUGCAUCCUUCUUUACUUUCCACGACUAUGAUAACUCAGGGGCAUGGACAGCCGAUGAGGUACGGAAGACUUAUGGUCUCGACGAUGAGUCAAAUGCAGGUGUCAGUGAGGAGCGCAAGCAACAGGCUGUCCGGGAAGUAUUUGGGCUAUUUGACCCUGGGAACACUGGAUUCGUUACUCGAGAUAACUGGAUGCGUCUGAUUUCCGAGGGCAAGCGUCUGCCUGAUUUCGGGUUUGGACCUGGCCACCAUGGCGACAUUGAAUAUGAAUAUGAGAUUCAUCAUUUCGAGAAGUAUCAUGGAGAUGAUGCCAAGGAGGAAGACCUCACUCAUCCAGAAGAUAUUGAGCAUUUCCGGAGGCAUGAUGAGGAAGACGACGCUGCUUAUCGGCUUGAGCAGCUUGAGAGGAUGCAGAUCGUGGAAAGGAACAUACCACAGAAGUUUCUCAAACAUGUUUAGAACGUGUAUAUGUAAUACUUUAUGCCAUUCUGUACAUAUAAUGUUCGAAAUGUUUACCUACCACCUACCAUUGCAGGCGCUUCCGAGUAGCUUACUGUCUCUGUCCCGUUUUCUAUCUGCUGGCGAUAGUGUUACCGCGCCUGAUCACCUCGAGCAGCAGCCCGUUUGCGUCCAAGUGAUCGUCGAAACUAAUGUGGAAGAUUUGAUAGUUCGUAUUAUAUUUGCUUGCUAUGGACGAGUAUCAUGCUUUAUUUUCAAAGUGUAAUUGGUCCAGAAAAUGUAUUCACGGAUCCAGCUGCCUCUUCAGCAAGUUUUGUAUGAAUUGACAAGGAAAGCGCGUCAUACAAGUCGUAAGUCACUUAGAACGCCAAUUUUACCGACUUAAUUGAAUGGAACACGAGAAGUAAUGCGAGGCUGGAACAACGGGGAGAAAAGAAAACGAAAAGUGUAUCCCUAUAAGAGCAUCUUCCCAAAAAAAAAAAAAAAAAAAAAAAGAAGAAAAAAGGGAAAAGGACAAAA